AUGAGGUGUAACAACCAUUACACCGAUCUCAGUAGUGCUAUCGGCGUAUGCCCUUCUUGUCUUCGAGAACGCUUAUCGUCUCUAAUCUCUGCUCAACAACAUAUUCAAAACUUCGCCGGCACUUUGGAGAAGAAUCCGCCGGAAAACUGCCGCAAAUCCGAUCGUUCCGAUGAUGCUCGUCGUCUUUAUUCUCCUGCUGUGCCACGUCAUCACCAUAGCCACUCCGAUCAACUGUUUCACCGGACACCAGAGGUAAAACAAAAACAUGCUACCGCCGGUCACAACGGCGGUGAUUCGAAGAAGAAACGGAGUUUUAUCCGGUUGAUUUCGUUUACGAAUCUAUUCAGAUCUAGAAAUCGAAAUCCAAUCGAUUCGGUUACAGAUCCUAGGGUUUCGGAUUCAACUUUCGGAAAAUCAUGCGCUCGUAAUAACGCCACGUCGUCGUGGUUCUCGAUCUCGAGCAUCGUCUCCGGCGAUCGUUACCGCCGGAAGAAAACCGUUAGUACCGAUGAACCUACAACAACCAGUCCGGUACGGCGGAAGCACGGCGAAGAUCGAGGAGUGUCACCGGUAAGAAAUGCUGACGUCAUCAUCGGAACAGAUGAUGAAAUACGGAACGCAACAAGCGGUUACGAAUCAACAGAAUCGUGGAGAAACACACCGCGGCGGACACCGGCGGUCCGGCGCGGUGGCAGCAGCGGACACGUGAGGAAUAUAUCCGGUUUAACGUUUUGUUUGAGUCCGUUGGUUCGUGCAAGCCCUAACCUGCAAUGGAACCAGAAAGGAUUGCCGCCGGAUGUGGUGUUGCCGGACGGCGGAGCUCCGGUGAAGGCUCACCUGUCUUAUACCAAAUCAUUCUGUGCCAAUAGAUCACGGAAACUUGCUGAUUUGGGGAGGGUUAAUCCGAACCGUUGA